AUGUGGAAGGAGUUUGUGUCUGAGCUGAGGGUUGUUCUGAUGGGGAACAGCUGGUCUGAUAGGAGCGUCAUUGGAAAUUUCAUGCUGGGACAACCUGGGUUCAACACCGAGGAGGAACCAGAGACCUGUGUGAGCUUCAGAGGACAGAUGAUGGAGAAAGAAGUUCUCCUCAUAAACACCCCAGAUCUGCUGGUUCCCAAUAUCUCCCAGUUCAAACUCACACAGCACAUCAAGAACUGUGUGAGGCUUUCUGCUCCUGGACCUGACGUGUUCCUGCUGGUCCUGCAGCCCAAAACCUUCACUGCGGCACAUAAAGUCCAGCUCUGCAGGAUCCUUGAAUAUUUCAACGAGCGGUCCUUUGACCAUUCAGUGGUUCUGUUCCGACCCCACACAGAGGACGCUGCAUGCGUCCAGGUGAACCUGACAGCCUCAGACAUGGUGAAGAAGUGCAGGGGUCAGUUUGUUUUUAAGAAGACCACCAAAUGUUCUGAGCUGCUGGAACAUCUGGAGGAAAUUGUUCAAGACAACAAUGGACAACAUGUGAGCUGUGACAUGUUUGUGGACCCAAUGCCUGAUGUCCAAGUUACUGAACUCAGGAUUGUGCUGUUGGGGAGAAGUGAGGAAGAAAAGAUGAAACUCACUCAGCUCAUCAUCGGGUCCCAGAAUGUUUCUCACUGGACUUCUUCUUCAGACUGUGUGGCCUUCAGUGGAGAAUGGAGAGGUAAACCAGUAACGGUGGUGAAAACUCCAGAUAUGUUCAAUCUGCCAAGGGAGAAGAUGAGAAGUGAAGUGAAGAGCUGUGUGGGUCUCUGUCCUCCUGGACCAAACGUUCUGCUGCUGGUAGUGAGACCUUCACAAUUCACUGAAAAUAAAAAAAAUAUAAAGUUCGUCCUUAGUUUGUUUGGUCAAGAUACCUUCAAACAAUCAAUGGUCAUCAUCACACACAAGGAGAAGAUCUCUGACUCUGUCUGUGAACUUCUCAAAGACUGUGAAGGAAGACAUCACAACAUGGUUGAAGAAGGACCAACUAUUCAAACACAUAGUGCAUCUCUUGUAAAGAAGCUUAUUCCUUUUCAGGGUAAAGAUGGGGCUCAAUCCCAUUCUCACUUGAUGGGAGGUGGGCUGUCUGAGCAGAACAUCAGUUCAUCACAAGAAGAUUUGAUUAGGACUCAAUUGAUGGAGAAGAUUGAAGAUAUUGUGCAGAAAAACCAAGAAACCUCCAUUUUAUUUGAAGAAACCAGAAGAUCAGAACAAAUUGUUGAACAAACAUUAAAUAAAAACCCUGAACUCUCAGUUCCUGUGAAAGAACUAAAACCUUUAAACCUGGUUCUGUUUGGGAGCCGAGGAGAAGAGAAGACUUCAGCAGCUGAAGCCAUUUUAGGUCAGACAGAUCUUCAUCCAGCCUCCAGACCUUCAGAGUGUGUUCAUCAUCAGGGGGAGGUGUGUGGACGUUGGGUUUCUGUGCUGGAGCUGCCUCCUCUGUACGAGAAACCACACGAGGAAGUGAUGGAGGAAUCACUCAGGUGCAUCUCCCUCUGUGAUCCUGAGGGGGUCCAUGCCUUCAUCCUGGUCCUACCUGUGGGUCCCCUCACUGAUGAAGACAAGGGAGAGUUACAGAUCAUCCAGGACACGUUCAGCUCUCAAGUCAAAGACUUCACCGUGAUUCUGUUCACUGUGGACUCCGACCCUGCAGCUCCAGCUGAUGUUACCUUCAUACAGAAGAACAAGGACAUCCAGGAGCUCUGUCAGAGCUGUGGAGGAAGAUCUGUUGUUCUCAACAUCAAAGACAACAAACAGAUCCCAGAACUGUUGGAGACUGUGGACAAAAAUGUUUUUGAUGGAGAUAAUCCACGCAGUUAUACAACUAAAACCUUUGCAUUGGGCCAGAUGGAGAAGAUUUUUCAGCUGCAGACUGAACUGAGGGAAAUUAAAUCAAACAUCAUGGAACAAGAUGGUGAACAGAUCCAGGGUCCAGACAGCCUCAGGAUUGUUCUGAUCGGGAAGACUGGCAGUGGAAAGAGUUCAUCAGGAAACACCAUUCUGGGAAGAAACGAGUUUCAAGCUGAAUUCUCCCAACAGUCAGUAACUAGGAGCUGCCAGAAAGCCCAGACUGAGGUUGACGGUCGCUCAGUUUUUGUUGUUGACACUCCUGGUCUGUUUGACAACAGUUUGUCCAAUGAGGAGAUUAAUGAGGAGCUGGUGAAAUGUAUCAGCCUUCUGGCUCCAGGUCCACAUGUCUUCCUGUUGGUGUAUCAGUUUGGUAGAUUCACAAGAGAGGAGAAGGAGACACUUGAACUCAUCAAGAAAGUUUUUGGUAAAAAUUCUCAGUUAUACACCAUUAUUCUUUUCACAAGAGGAGAUGAUCUAGAACGUGUGGGUAAAACUAUUGAACAGUACGUGGAAACAUGUGAUGAUUCCUUUAAGAAGCUGAUCUCUGACUGUGGAAGAAGAUACCACGUGUUCAAUAACUGUUCUGAAAAUAAUCAGACACAAGUCAGUGAGUUGAUAAAGAAGAUCGACUCCAUGGUCAAGGAGAACGGAGGCAGCUGCUUCACUAAUGAGAUGCUGCAGGAAGCUGAAGCUGCGAUACAGAAAGAGAUGCAGAGAAUCCUGAAGGAAAAGGAAGAGAUGAUAAAACAGAAGGAGGAGCUUGAAAGAAAACAUGAGGAAGAAAAAGAAAAACUGAGAAAAAGAAUGGAGGAACAGAGAGCAGAAAUGGAAAAGGAGAAAAACCUGAAAGCAAAGCAACUUAAAGAAAUGGAAGAAAACAUCCAGAAGGAGCGAGAGCAGAGAGAGAGAGAACAGAAAAGACGAGAAGAAGAAGAGAAGAAAAGAAAAGAGGAAGAAGAACGACAACAGAAAGAGUGGGAGCGAACACGAGAAGCUUUGGAGAAAACAAUCAAAUCAGAAUCAGAAGAAAAGGAGGUCGUCGACAGAAAACUGAAGAAGAUGAGGAAAGAGAUGGAAGAAAAACGAGAAGAAAGAGAAAAGGAAAGAAAAGAGUGGUGGGAAAAACGACAGGGUGAGGAUGAAAAGAGACAAAAAGAGGAGCAAAUAAAACUGAAAAAGCUUCAAGAAGAUUUUGAGAAAGAAAGAAAAGAAUAUGAAAAGAAAAGAAGAGAAGAAGAGAAGAAAAGAAGAGAAGAAGAGGAGAAGGAGAGAAAGGAGAUAGAGGAAAACUAUCAGCGAAAAAUGGAGGACAUGAAGAAGAAACAUGAAGAGGAGGCCAGAAAACAAGCUGAAGAGUUUAAUGAGUUCAAGAAGAAACACAAGGAAGAACUUGAUCUAAAGCAGCAGAGAGAACAGGAGCUGGAAGCUGAUGUAGCAGAUAAAAAACAAAAACUACAACAUGAAAUUCAAGCCAAAAACAAAAUAAAGAAAUCAAUUAAAGAAAAAGAAGAAGAAAUAAAAAACUUGGGCAAAUUAAAGAGAGAAAAAGAUAAAGAGUUUAAUGAGUUCAAGAAGAAACACAAGAAAGAACUUGAUCUAAAGCAGCAGAGAGAACAGGAGCUGGAAGCUGAUGUAGCAGAUAAAAAACAAAAACUACAACAUGAAACUGAAGCCAAAAACAAAAUGAGGAAAACAAUUGAAGAAAAAGAAGAAGAAAUGAAAAACUUGGACAAGUCAAAGAGAGAAAAAGAGGAAGAAUUGAAAUCAAUAAAACAAAAAUAUGUUGUACGAUACUGUACCACCUCCUAA